UCACACAGCUGAGAGACGGGACAAGUCCGACUUCGUGCCCUACGAGCUAAACUCGGCACAACUUUCUCCAGAUCACAGCAGAAGAAAGAAUUAAUGGUGUCUCCCUUCAUGGAAGAUUACUGAAAUAUUUUGGAUAAACUUCACGCGGACAGGUCGUCUGAGCUUCCAGAGUCCUCUUUGCCACGAUGAGUUGGGGGGCUCUCUACGCCCAGCUGGGUGGCGUCAACAAGCACUCCACCAGUCUGGGAAAGAUUUGGCUUUCUGUCCUUUUCAUCUUCCGCAUCACCAUCCUGGUUCUGGCUGCUGAGAGUGUCUGGGGGGACGAGCAGUCGGACUUCACCUGCAACACGCAGCAGCCUGGCUGCAAAAAUGUCUGCUAUGACCACUUCUUUCCUGUGUCACACAUCCGCUUGUGGUGCCUGCAGCUAAUUUUUGUGUCCACGCCUGCCCUGCUGGUGGCCAUGCACGUCGCCUACAGGAAACGUGGGGAUAAAAGGACCAUGCUGGCCUCCAACGGUACUGAGAAGAUGACAGAUAAUGACCUGGAGACACUGAAGAAGAGGCGUCUGCCCAUCACAGGCCCACUGUGGUGGACCUACACCUGCAGCUUGUUCUUCCGGCUCAUCUUUGAGGGCGGGUUCAUGUACGCGCUUUACUUCGUCUACGACGGCUUCCAGAUGCCCCGGCUGGUGAAGUGCGAGCAGUGGCCCUGCCCCAACAAGGUGGACUGCUUCAUCUCCAGGCCAACAGAGAAGACCGUCUUCACCAUCUUCAUGGUGUCCUCGUCGGCCAUCUGCAUGGUGCUGAAUGUGGCAGAGCUAUGCUACCUCAUCGUCAAGGCGCUCAUGAGGUGCUCGGCCAGGUCGAACAGGAAGAGGCAAAGUUACACCAACACAGACAGCGUGGCACGGGAGAAUGCCCUUCUGCAGAACAAGAAGAACGAGAUGCUGUUGUCCUCCUCCACAGAUUCGACCAGCAAUAAGACCAUGUGCUGAAGGACAGCCAUCAGUGGUGGAUGGCUGCCAAAUGCAUCCGCCUAUUGUGGUCAUACUUUGUGUCUGCAGUUAGUUGGGUUGUAAAUGUGAGCAACCACCAGAAUCGUCUCAUGGGAAGCUGAAACGGCUUCUGAAGCAGAUUUUGAGACUGCAAAUUACAAGAAAUGAGUUUAGCUAGACAGCAGCACAUGUAGCUGGAUGACCUUCCUUCCAUUUUCAAUUGUAGGGAAAUCACUGUAUAACAUGCCUGUUUGUUCUGUAUUCCUACAUAUGGCCACAAAUUUGCCACUAAAGUCAGUCAGUGUUCUUAUAUCUUACACUACUUAUUAGUGUAGAAAUAAUACAUUUGUAUCAUUUUAAAUUGUGAAGAAAUCCCACCGGUGAAUGUUACUUUGACAGCCUGUUUGUGUUCUCAGAACAAAAAGCCACCAGGCAGCAGUGAAUUUCUCUCAAACACAAUCAUAUCUUUGGAUCUUCCACAAGAUCACAAGUGCCACCUUACUUUUUUCACGCCAUGGAUGAUUGACAGUGGUUUUAUCCUGCUGAACAUUGCUUCAGUGACUGCUGAGGUUUUGAACCAGAGAAGAAUGAGUCCACGCUGACAUCUAGUGGUUCACAACAGAACCUCUUAGAGCACCAACGCCUUCCUCGGAGCCUCAGUGAUUGAUUAGGCGCUGAGGUAGAGGAAGGAAAAUAAGUGAAGUCCUGCGAAGUGAAGCAGAAAAGAAGUGCCUUUGUGAUUAUGCUUUAGUGUCUAGUUUACAUGAGCUGACAUUUGAUUGAUGUUGUAGCCGAUAAAAGCAGAUGAGUUUUUUAUGAUCCUGCUGUACUGAAUCAAGCGAACGCAGCAUCAAGUUAAGCCUGAAAAUUAACUAAACGACAUUCUUUGAAUAGUGCUAGAGUUUCUCAUCAUUGUGUUUUUGAUUACUGAGAAGUGUGUUGCACAGAAUAAGAUUACACUGAGAAAAGAAUUUAUGAAACAUGGUGAAACCUUACCUAUCACACCACGGUGGUUCAACAGGUUUGAUGCUCUUUGCUGUUAAGUCAAACCAGAAUGUCUUUUGUCUUUUACUUGAACUGAACAUGUUUGAAAUUGAAGUGCGUGUCCACAUGAAUAACACGAACACGCUGAGAAUCUGCGCGUGUGGGUAAAACUAUGAGAAACAUAUCUGUCUGGACUGUACGAGAUGUUUGUAUCCCUCAGGCUUGUGUCGCUGCUGCAGUGUGUACUGACCCCAGCUGGCUGUAUCAGCUUUCAGCAUGUGCCUUAUUUUAGCCACCACACUAAUCACUGCUCGCCCUCUUAAUGUUAGGGACCACGGCCGAUGUCAAAGUGAAAAUGUCUUUGUCCUCCCUCCAUCCAGGAAUAACUGCAUGGAUUAGUCACAUCUGUGUUGUUAAGAGAAGAAACCCACAGAAUCCAGAGAACAGUGGUUUGGUGAUUAGAAAAGUUUGGAAAGGGGUGUGUGAGACGAGUAGGUAAAUACUUAGAUGUGUCAAUUUUUUGAAUUUAGAAAAAGAUCUUCUGGAGGACUGGUUUAUUGACAUUACAUAACUGGUGCAGCUGAUGCAGUCACAGAGUCACAGCACCAAGUGUAAUGCUGACAUUUUUUUCAAUGGGUAAGAAAAGUUUUGACCAGAUAUCCAAAAAAAGUACUUGUGAUUUAUAAGAAAUUGUCUUGUCUUGUACGUCUGCUCUGCUCCGACCUUUGACCUCUUGCUUUCUGUAACAGCCAAAUGACAUUCUGAUGCUUGAUAGCAACAAUGUUUAAUGCACAUUGUUUUUAAGGGACGAGUCGAGCGUUCCAGUCCUGAGAUGUUGUUGUUUUUAGCAUUUUUCUGUUCAGAGUUCUUCCACAGUCUCCUGUUAGUCUGCUUUUAACAGCAAACAAUGCACCAAUGAGCAGACAGCUUUCUGAGGAAGAAAUGAAGACAUUGUUUUUGUUUGUGAUUGUGUUUUGUACCCAAGAAGUCUUUAUCCUACUCGCACUUUGAUCCUUGAAGUCUUGUUGCUCUGUGAGAUCUUUUUUUCAUAAAUGAGUAAAAAACAAA